AUGAGUAGAGACCGUACUGGUGACAUGAAGGUAUCAUCAAUUUCAGAUAUGAUACGUAAAGCUCAAGCGAAUAUAUCUCAGAUAGAUGAAUUACACUCGCGCACUUUGGGUAUAAUAUCUGAUGAUGAAAGGAUAAAACGUCAACUUGAAAGUAUAACAUCAGAAACAAGAGGAAUUCUUACACAAAUAAAAGAUAGGAUCAAAAAAUUGGAAGUUUCAAAUUUGAAACAAGCCAAAUCUGGAGACAUAGAAGUUAGGAAAGCUCAGACUUCAAAUUUACGUCAAAAAUUCAUGGAAACUUUACAAAAUUAUCUUCGAGAAAAAACACAUCAAUCCACUGUCCCAAAUAUUUUUAUAGGAAACAAGCAUAUCGGAGGUAAUGAAUAA